AUGGAUCCACCACCGUAUUCCGAGUCUUCACUCAACAAGACUUUCAGCGAUUUUGGUAAUCUCUCUCUACGAGGAGAGGUCAGUGGCGAUCGCUUGAUCAUUGGGCUAGACUUCGGGACCACAUACAGCGGAAUCGGAUAUGCUUUUUCCAAUGACCCUGAGAAGAUCCACAUCAUCGAUUCAUUCCCAGGAGGAGAUCGACUAGCUCCUAAAGCACCGACCACGAUUCAAUACGAAGCUGGCUCGAAAACGAGCUUCAAAUGA